AUGUCCACACCACCUCCAAAUGAUUCCGCUGCCGCGCAAGAAGUUGUGCAGGAGGAGCGUACAGAAGAUGGAACAAAGGUCACAGAGGUUGCCGAUGGCGCACAAGAGGAGGUCGCAACAACAACAACAGAGGCCCCGGCCACCGCCGAACAAGUUCUUGAAAGCAAUGAAACGGUAGAGGAAUCGAACCCUCAACCAGUUGAAGAAGACCGGAAAGACCAAGAGCGGGAGGACGGUCCAGUGCCAAAGUCGAAAUCCGAGUCUCCAGACGGUCAAGCUUCGUCACAAGGCCAUCACGAGUCGUCGUCGUCGCCAUCGCCAUCCCAAUCAGAUCGGGACGAGAGCGCCGAACCCGGCGAAAUCGACGAAAGCGCCCCUCCCCUUCCCAAAGAGCCUCUCCCGGGUCAGACAGACAAGGGCGAAUCGUCCUCAUCUGCACCUCCGCUACCCGCCGAGCCGGCGCCCGCACCAGAAGACGACGGCUGGGAAUACCAUUGGAACCCCAACGACUCGUCUUACUGGUUCUACAACCGCUUCUCUGGCGUAUGGCAAAAGGAGAAUCCACGAAUUCCAACCGCGGCAGCAGUGCCAGCAGUGGUAGCGCCGGUGGUCGUUCCUCCCGAUGCAGAACCAACAAUCAUCAGCAACCCCAUCUCCGUCGCCGGCGGCUACAACCCCGCCAUCCACGGCGACUACGACGAGAACGCGUGGUAUGCCGUCAACGCUCGCGCUGCUGCCGAAGCUGCCGCUGCCGCCACCAACCCUCUUGCCGGCUUGGACCCCACCGCUGCCGGUGCCGAGUUAGCCAGCGCCGGCUACUUCAACCGUGCGACAGGGCAGUGGCAAGCGCCGGAACAGAACGUAGAGCGCCACUCGGACGAGGCCAAGAGCAAAAGGCAGCUGAAUGCCUACUUUGAUGUGGAUGCGGCGGCGAAUAUGCACGACGGCCGAAGUCUCAAGGCGGAAAGGUCGGGCAAGAAGCCAACUAAGCAGGAGCUGAAGGCGUUCAAGGAAAAGAGAAGGGCAAAGAAGGAGGAGAAGAGGAGGGCUUGGUUGCGUGAUUAA